UCUUUCUGAAAUCACGCUGUCGAGAGCCUUCCCGGUGGAAGAAAAAGCCAAUUUAUAGUGAAAGUAGAGUUUUUUCACGAAAAUAUUGUGCAGAGCAACACAAGCAGAAAUGACACUUACAUUGAAAGCCAGUAAAACAUCGCCACCAAUAGCUGCUCUCCUUAGUGCUGAACACCUGAAGGGCAUUGUUGAUGUUAAAGUGCAGUGGGAGAGCAAUACCAGUCUGGAAGUCAACUCCACCAGUUUCAGCACCAAUGCCUCCAUAUGCCGUUACUUGUCCAGAGUGGGGUCUUCAGAAGGGCUGUAUGGAACCAGUGCCCUGGAGAGAACAGAGGUUGACCACUGGCUGGAGUUUGGCAAUGGCCGUUUGACCUGUGCCUCGGACUUCCCAGCUGCCUUGGAAUACCUGGACCAUGUCCUGGGUCCAGUGACUUACCUGGUGGGACAUCGCGUCACCUUGGCAGACUUUGCUGUCUGGGGAGCUCUCAGAGGAAGUAGUCAGUGGGCAAGCUUGAUGCUGAGUGGAACGGCACCAGUCAAUGUUCACCGUUACUAUGACUACCUGGAACACCAGGAGAAGUUCUUAGCUGUGGACAAGAUGGUGCCUCCUGUUAAACCAGCAGAUGGCGCUGAAAGCAAGAAAGAGGGCAAGUUUGAGGAAGGAGGCAAGUUUGUUGACUUGCCAGGAGCAAAAAUGGGAGAAGUGGUGGUCAGGUUUCCCCCUGAGGCUAGUGGGUAUCUCCAUAUUGGUCACGCUAAGGCGGCUCUGUUAAACCAGUACUACCAGCAGGCCUUCAAUGGCACACUGAUCAUGAGGUUUGACGAUACCAACCCUGCGAAAGAAAAUGCUCACUUUGAAGAGGUGAUUCUGGGUGACGUGGCUAUGCUGGGAAUCAAAUACGACAAGUUCAGCUACACCUCAGACUACUUUGACCAGAUGUUGACCCUGUGUGAGAAGAUGAUCAGGGAGGAGAAGGCCUACGUAGACGACACAGACCCUGACACCAUGAAACUGGAGAGAGACCAGAAGGUGGAGUCCAAGAACAGGAGCAACACUGUUGCCAGAAACCUUGAACUCUGGGAAGAGAUGAAGAAGGGAAGUGACCUCGGGCGCAAGUGUGCCGUUCGUGCCAAAAUUGACAUGAAUUCCAAGAACGGCUGCAUGCGUGACCCUACCAUCUACAGGUGUAAGCCAGAGCCACAUCUCAGGACUGGGAACAAAUACAAUGUCUACCCGACCUAUGACUUUGCCUGUCCUAUAGUGGACUCCCUGGAGAAUGUGACCCAUGCCCUGAGGACCACGGAGUACCUGGACAGAGAUGAGCAGUAUUACUGGGUUCUGGAUGCCCUGGGCAUGAGAAAACCCCACAUUUACUCGUACAGUCGUUUGAACCUUCAGAACACUGUUCUGUCCAAGAGAAAACUGACCUGGUUUGCCAAUGAAGGUCUAGUUGAGGGCUGGGAUGAUCCACGUUUCCCCACUGUACGUGGAAUAUUGAGAAGAGGAAUGACAGUUGAAGGUCUCAAGCAAUUUAUCAUUGCCCAGGGCUCAUCCAAGUCUGUGAACAUGAUGUCUUGGGACAAGAUUUGGUCAUAUAACAAAAAGGUCAUAGAUCCAGUGGUGCCUAGGCACACAGCUCUCCUGAAGUCUGAGGUUGUCCCGGUGUCUGUGAAGGGAGCCACAGUGGGACACAAGGAAGUGGCCAGGCAUCCCAAGAAUCCUGAUGUUGGCACCAAGCAAGUUUGGUUCUCACCUACUGUGUUCAUAGAUGGCGCUGAUGCUGAGCACUUGUCUGUGGGAGAAAUGGCUACUUUCAUUAACUGGGGCAACUUGGUCAUUACCAAGAUAAACAAGAAUAAUGAUGGGAAAGUGGAAUCUUUGGAGGCUGAGCUAAAACUGGACAAUACAGAUUUCAAGAAGACCCAGAAAGUGACCUGGUUGGCAGACACUGAGAAAUCUCCCAUGACUCCUACUCUCUGCAUUUAUUAUGACAACAUCAUCAGCAAACCUGUGCUGGCCAAGGAAGAUGACUUUAAAGACUACAUAAAUAGAAACUCUAGGACUGAGUCCGUGAUGGUUGGAGACCCAGAGUUGAUGUCUCUGAAGAAAGGAGACAUGAUUCAGAUCCAGAGAAGGGGUUAUUUUGUAUGUGACUCACCAUAUGAACCCCCAAGUCGCUACACCAGUCUAGCCAGUCCAUGUGUCCUGAUCAACAUCCCAGAUGGUCAUGUCAAGGAGAUGCCAAAAGCUGGCUCAAAACACAAGGAACCCAAAGACACUGGAGCCAAAGAGAAGGCCCAGAGUAAGAAAGGCAAAGCAGCAGAGAAGUCACCCCAGGAGGAGCAGCCUCCUGCACUGACUGGAGAUGCCGCAGAAUUGGAUAAAAAGAUCACUGAUCAGGGAAAUAAAGUCCGGGAACUCAAGGGCCAAAAAGCUGCUAAGGACGAGGUGGAUGCUGCAGUGAAAACUCUCCUGGCUCUGAAGGCAGAAUACAAAGCUGCCACAGGGAAGGACUGGAAGCCAGCCAGCGGUGGAGGGAAUGCGGGGAAACAGAAAGCCAAGGGAGAAAGUAAGCCUAAGGAGGCACCUGCCACUACUGGUGCUUCGGCUGCUGGGGCAGACGCAGGAGAAUUGAACGAGAAAAUUGUUGCCCAGGGAAACAAGAUAAGAGACCUGAAGAGCCAGAAAGCACCAAAGGACCAAAUUGACCCAGAAGUGAAAGUUCUGUUGGGGCUUAAAGAGCAGUUUAAGCAGUCCACGGGUCUUGACUGGAAACCAGGUCUCACAAUACCACAACAGCAGCAGACGACACCAGUGAUGGCGGACAAUAAGGAGAACAGUGGGGCUGCCGCUGGGAGCCCAGAGGCCCUGGCUCUGAAGGGGAAAAUAGAGGCACAGGGAGAAAAAGUGAGGCAGCUCAAGACAGGUGGUGCACCCAAGGAUCAGGUAGAUGAAGAAGUGAAGGUCCUCCUGAGUCUCAAGGCAGAAUAUAAACAACUGACAGGAGAGGAUGUUGCUGGGGGUGGUGGUGGAAGGAAGGACAAAAAAGGGAAGAAAGAAAAUAAAGGCGGCAAGGCAGCUGAACCAAAACAGCAGAAGCCAGCUAAAGAAGAUGCAGGCAGGGAAGUGAAGAAGGUCACUAGGUUGGGUUUAGAGGCCAAAAAGGAGGAAAAUCUUUCAGAAUGGUACACUCAGGUGAUUACAAAAGCAGAAAUGAUAGAAUACUAUGAUGUGAGCGGUUGCUACAUUCUGCGUCCAUGGUCCUACUCUAUCUGGGACGAGAUCAAGAACUUCUUUGAUGCAGAGAUCAAGAAGUUAGGCGUUGAGAAUUGCUACUUCCCCAUGUUUGUCUCCCAUGCUGCCUUGGAGAGGGAGAAGACACACAUUGCAGACUUUGCCCCAGAAGUUGCCUGGGUGACGAAGUCUGGCCAAUCAGAUCUGAACGAGCCUAUUGCCAUACGUCCAACCAGCGAAACUGUGAUGUACCCAUCUUAUGCCAAAUGGAUCAGAUCCCACCGAGACUUGCCUGUCAGACUGAACCAGUGGUGCAAUGUUGUGAGAUGGGAGUUCAAGCAUCCUCAGCCUUUCCUGAGAACCAGAGAGUUUCUGUGGCAGGAAGGACACACAGCAUUUGCUACCAGAGCAGAGGCUGAGGAUGAGGUCUUUAAAAUCUUGGAUCUGUAUGCCAGAGUGUAUGAAGAGCUGCUGGCAGUUCCUGUAAUAAAGGGAAGAAAAACAGAGAAAGAGAAGUUUGCUGGAGGAGACUUCACUACAACCACUGAAAUAUACAUUUCUGCUAGUGGCAGAGGAAUUCAGGGAGCCACAUCCCAUCACUUGGGUCAGAAUUUCUCAAAAAUGUUUGAGAUAAUGUACGAGAACCCAGACACUCAGGAGAUGGAGCACGUCCACCAGAACUCGUGGGGUAUCACCACCAGGACCAUUGGUGUCAUGGCAAUGGUGCAUGGAGACAAUACAGGCCUGGUGCUGCCACCUAGAGUAGCAUCUGUGCAGGCCAUCGUGGUUCCGUGUGGCAUCACUGCCUCACUAUCAGAUGCAGACAGGCAGAGUCUUAUAAAAAGCUGUGAGGAGCUAGAGAAUAUUCUAGUACAGGCAGGAAUCAAAGCUAAGGGUGACUAUAGAGACAACUACUCACCAGGGUGGAAGUUCAACCAUUGGGAGCUUAAGGGUGUCCCAGUCAGGAUUGAGUUAGGUCCACGAGAUGUUAAGAAUGGAGAACUGGUUGCUGUGAGGCGAGACACCGGGGAUAAACUUACCUUGAAACAGGCCAGUGCUGCAGAGGGAAUCAAGAAAUUGUUGGAGGACAUUCAGUCUUCUUUGUUUGCCAAAGCCAAAAAGAUCCAAGAUGAAUAUGUAGCCCUGAGCCAUGACUGGCAGGACUUCUGCCAUCAGCUGGACCAGAAGAAGAUCAUCAUGUCUCCAUUCUGUGGGGAGGGAGAGUGUGAAGAGAAAAUCAAGAAGGAUAGUGCAAGCUUCUAUACUGCCAAAAGUGGUCCAGAAGAACGGGGUUUCUUUAGCUGGAUCCAUGGUCUGUUCUGUUGCUCGGUACAGAUGCCACAGGGCCACAGAGAUGCAGUGGUGGAGGAGGGAGCGCCAUCUAUGGGAGCCAAAAGUCUGUGCUAUCCAUUCCAGCAGCCAGGGGAUAUAAAGGCAGACAUGAAGUGUAUCCACCCAGACUGCAAGGCCAAGCCAAUCAAGUACUGCCUCUUUGGAAGAAGCUACUAGGUUGCCCCUAAUGCUUUAAGCAGGAAAAUAGAGGGGGAAAAGUUGUGAAGAA